AUGAAAAAGAUACUGAAUGUCAAGACUAAGGUGCUGCCUCAUAAGGGAAGAGCUGAUUUAGCUGGAAGCAAUGAAGUGAGGAGGUCCCAUGAGGAUAUGUGCUCUGUGAAGGAAGCAACUCCAUAUGUAUCAGCUGCAGAAUUGGUUAAGAAGUUUGAAUCAGGGACCAGAAAGCUGAGCAUUACUCACAGCAGAUCUCGUUCUCAUAUUGCUGAAGCCCCUUCGUUUCCUCCACUUCCAAGGAAAACCCCACAGGUCCCCGAAUUUAAUGAGUUCCAUCUUAAAACAAUGGAGAGAGCAACUCGAUAUGCGGACACAUGUUCAGAAGUUUCUUGUGCAGAGACUAUCCGUUCUCAAAAUAAGCCACUGAAAUUGACACAACCAAAGCCACCACAACUUCAUACAGCAAAGAGAGUUCGGCCACCAAGUGUGAAAAGUUCUCAGGAACUUGAACUGGAGGAGCUGGAGAAGGCCCCCAAGUUCAAGGCCAGGCCACUAAACAAAAAGAUUCUUGAGAGUAAGGGAGACAUUGGUGUGCUUGCCCAUCCAAAGUCUCAGGUCACAGCUCCCAAGGAGUUCCAUUUCUCUACCGAUGUUCGCUUGGGCCCUCCAUCAGUUGCUGACUUAUUUGACAAGCUCUCUCUUCACUCUGAAUGUUCUUCAAACAGCAACAGGCAAGAUGUGCCCAGACUCACCAUACCAAACCCUUUCAAUCUACAAACAGAGGAAAGAGGUCAUUUAAAAGAGAGGCAGCUAGAAGCACAGCUCUUGCAAAAUAAGAUGGAGGAAAAGGCCAGGGUUCACAAAGCUAAUCCUUAUCCAUACACCACAGACUAUCCGAUGACCCGCCAUGGAGGCGGCGGCGCCGACCAGAACGGCCUGGUGCUCAGCGGGGCUCCUCGAGCUCCGGCUCGUGGACGUCGUGGUGCCAAGGGCAAGGUAUGGGCGCCGGUGCUCGGCGUCGCUGGCGUCAGCCGGGGUCCCUUCUGGGUUCCCCUGGAUGAUGCUCGAUUGAGACACGCCGGCUACAUGGCGCAGCACGCCGUGGUCGGCCUUCCUGACGUCGGGGACCUGGAGGCGAGGCUCGGCGACCUGGGCGGAGGCGACCUGGUCGGAGGCGGCAUGAUCGUCGUCCUGGCCGCUGACGAUGUCGUCCAUCUCGGUCUCGCUGCACCCGAGACGCUCUGGCAGAACCUGCGGGGGCGCGUCGGGCUCGGGCAGGUGUUCCUCCCGCUCCGCGUCGUGGGAGGUGGACCAGAUGCCGGCGGGGAGGUACGCCUCAAUUCUUUCUUCUGA